AUGUAUGAUAUUAAUGAUCCCCUCUUUGUUAUUAAUGAAUCUAUAUCCUUUAUUACACUUUAUAUUCUCUUUAUUACACUUCUAUAUCUCUUAUUAACAUUUCUAUAUCUCUUAUUAACAUUUCUAUAUCUCUUAUUAAUCUAUCCUUCUAUUUAUUUCUAUUCCCUUCUUCUUUUAUACUUAUUAUAUCUUUUCUUUUCUUCUUCCAUUCUUCUCAAAUUGAUAAUAUUUUUUAUGUUAUUUUUAACAAAUUCUAUUUAUAGUAAUGAUAUGACAUUUGGACUUUUUGAUUUUUUUAUUAACAUUUUUUGA